AAACAACUUAAUUAUUUAUAUAUUGCUACACGAGUUGCUACAAACGAAUCAGGUCAUGAAUAAACCCAGUUACUAUCCAAAUUACUAUUCCCUUGAUGACGUGAUGGUAACCCAGGAACGAAUUCCAUGUCGGGCGCUGCAUAAUCUCUAUCAAAUGGGAUUCUUGGAUUCCUCUGAAAAGUCCGAUCACUUAGAGCCUAACCAACAACUCGAACUUCCUCUCUGGUAUCUGCUGCAGCAGGAUGAGCGAAGUCCAAAUUUUGCAUUGAUAGUUCCGGAAAUUUUUACUGCGGCAUAUAAAGAAAUUUACAAAGCGGACGCUAGCUACGUUGAGCUGGGCAAACUGAAUAAAUUUUACUACGAAUUAGGCAUGCAUCUGUGUAAAUUCGACACCGGAGAUGACCUAGCGGAGAUGCUAUUCGAUACUGCUCAAGAACGCGUGAAAGGAAUCAAAGACAUGUGCAAUAAUGUCAGCAGCGAAAAUUUAAUGGACAAUAAGAAGCUGGAACAUUUGGAACGUAUGUUGUACGAAGCAGGAAGUAAAACUCACAAAAUGUUUUCCGACUGGCUUCAGGAGAAAUCGGUCAACAUUAAAUCGACAGAAUUGGUUACGAACCACCGUAAAAGGAAACGCGAUGCUCUGGAUGGGGAGGAGGGUUCUUCGCAGUCAUCACAACGAACUUCGAUAUAAGUUUCUUUCUUUUGCCUUUUUAUAGCUCUAAACUGACUCGUUUUGUUCUUACGAUGAGUUUUUAUUCAAUUAAAUUUUGUAGCUUGAUGUUCUAAACAGCAAUUAGCUUUGCUAGCGUAUUUCUCCUUUUUUGCUUCGAAAAAUCCUUUAAUGAUGAGGCUCAGCAUUCGGAGCUCCAACCUCCUGUUCUUCGGGGUUGUGCGGCCAAAACGAUGGGCGGUUGAUUG